AUGCGAUCUCUACCUGCGAAGCGCAAUCCUCUUGUCGCGCCCGGCGCUGUCCCUUCGUAUGACGAUUUACUCAGUCGCCGGAGGCUGGGCAAGACGAAACUCACUGUCAAGCCUGGCCAGGUGGGCACCUCGAACGCGACAAAGGCGGAAAACCUCGGUCCUUUCGAGUAUGCGCACCUGCGAGCUCCUUUGCCUGAAGAUUUGAGCGGUUCCGAGAUCUUCGCUACUCAGUCGAAUCAACCUACGCCUGAAACAUACUUUCUCAUGCGGAGAAGUAAGGAUGGCUUUGUGAGUGCCACGGGCAUGUUCAAGAUUGCCUUCCCUUGGGCCACCCAUGCCGAAGAAAAGGAUGAGCGUGACUACCUCAAAGGACUCGAUGGCACGAGCCAGGACGAGAUUGCCGGCAAUGUCUGGGUAGCACCUCAAUUUGCUCUUGCUCUAGCAGCUGAAUACGGUCUGACGGACUGGAUUCGAGCGCUGCUUGAUCCAGCUGAAAUUACUCAAGCACCUUCAAGCACCAAGAAGCCUAUUGCUCCGCCGCCCAAGUUCGACUUGCCCGCGGACAAGACGAAGUUAUCUGCCCCCACCAAGACACCUCGAUCAAGAUCGACACGGUCUUCCUCACCCAGCAAGGCGGUAGCGAGUCCAACGAAGAAAUCCACAGCGUCUCCUCGAAAGCGACAAACCAAAGCGCAGAAAGAAGCCAAUAUCGCUCAUGCGAAUGCGGCAAGUGCUACUCUGCAGUCAGCAUUGGAUGAUGCCGCCUCCGUCGCAGAGACGGAGGCGAAGCCGGAGACGCCUGCGUUGGCAGAUGGCGUUUCCCCAACACAAGAAGAGAUGGUCAAGGUUGAAGUGGACCAAUCAGUAGAAGUUGAUGGCACCACCGAGACUACACACACGAAUGUGACUGUCGAAAUGCCAGCAGGAUCGCCCGAACUGCCGCUCCCCGAAGACACCGAACAGAUGCUCGAGACGGCCAGGAAAAUGGUUGAGGAGGCCAAGACCUUGGAGAGCUCGCCAAAGAUCUCAAGAAAACGCAAGGCUCAAGAACCCGAACCCUCCGACAUUGAUGCAGAACUGCCUGCGCAACCUGCGAAGAAAGCAAGAGUAUUAGAAGAGAAGCUGAAAAGAGAGAAGGUGAGGACUAGGGCAGUCUUGGGUGUUACGGCGACUCUGGCUAUUGCUGCUGCCAUUCCCUAUUUCUUUUAA